GAGGAAUGUUAAAUCACUGGGAUCAUGUGGAGAAAUCUCAGCUGUGUUUUUACAUACUGAUGCACGAACUGGAGAGUCAUUUUCUCUCCUCAGAUGAAAUCUGAUGCCUGAAAAUACAUUUUUGACUCUCUUGCUUUUCUGCGUCUCCUGACUCAGGCACCAGGACGUCACUAACAACCCAAGUGUUUAGUCACGUCAGGAGAUUACAUUUCAAAAUAAGGCUGCCGGGAGUGUGUUCUGUGGUUGGAGGUGUUUCCCAACUGCGGCCCCCCACAGAAUAGGCUUGGUUAUGUAAGCGAUCCGGACGGCUUGGAGAGCGUCAGCGCUCACCUGACUCUGCCUGACAUGAGGAGCGAUGGUGGGCACCGUCGCGCUGACACACCUCCCUGUUUCCUGACUGCCGCGCCUCAUCUUGGCCAAGCUCCUGGUCACUGGCUUGGACUGGAGUGACUGAAUGGAGAUAUCAGCAGCAGUAUUUCACGUGGGACACGCUGUGAAUGGCUCAGGCUGCUGUGUCAAGGAAUAGUAUUUCCAUGAGCUGUACAGUCAACUAUGUGAUUCACAGGAAGAGGCUGUCUUUGUUUCAGCCUCAGAACGAGGGUGGAGUGCUGCUUCCUCUCUCUGUUUCCACGCUGCGACCCCCACCUCCUCCACCCGACACACACACACAAACACUCCUCUACUUUUCUGUCUUUUUGCCUUCAGUCCCAUUGUCACCGUCACAGUCAGUAACAGGCACAGACUCUCACGCCAGACUUCUUCUUGCGGCUGCUGAAACAUGGAUGCUCUUCGUCUCUCUUCAUAACUGGACGUUUGAUUGGAUGAUUUCUUCACUCCGUUUCAACAGAACACAUCGGUCUGGUUUUACUUUCAGUCGGAAGCAUCCCACUCGGGUCAUUGGCGGUGAGCGCAUCGUUCUUUUCCUGCUCUGAUGGCUUCAGCUGAGCCUCUGAGCCGGCGACACGCUUGUGUCCUCGCUGGAUUUUAAAGGUUUCCAACCUGGAUCUAUUCAUCCGUUGUCCCUGGAUGCUUUUUGACUGGUUGAGAUGCGACUCUGAUCGUGAAUGCCUCUUGCAUAUCAAUGGCAUGCUGCUUUAGGCCCCGCCAUCAUGGAAGAUGGACCCUCAACCCACCUUUCUCAGAUGACGAAGCUGAGCAGCACCACAGCGCAAUGGUGGCAGAGGUGGGCACCACGGGGGACAGCACCCCGAAACGAAAGGGAAAGUUCUCCACCCUGGGUAAGAUCUUCAAACCGUGGAAGUGGCGCAAGAAGAAAAGCAGUGACAAGUUCAAGGAGACAUCUGAAGAGCUGGAGAGGAAGAUGUCAACGAGGCGAACGCGGCAGGAGCUCAUCGAGCAGGGAGUGCUGAAAGAAGAGCUAGACAACGAUGGAGAGUCACACAACCUGAAGCAGCCUUACGUGAAGAACGGCCACACGCUGCCGGUCGCUCCUGGACUCGGAGGAGGGCUCAACGGUGGAAGAAGCCCUUGUAACCCGAACAAACUCCCAUCAGACUCAGACUUUCGGAUUAACGCACCUUGGCUUUCCCAGCCAGAGGCCCGAUCCCCUCCGGAAGGAGACCGGCGGGGUGCUCCGGGUCACAGGAGCAGUGGACUACAUGAGGAUGGCAGAAGAGGAGGGUUGGGGCCGCACGUACAUGGGGAGGGCGACUGGAAGCCCAACAUGAUCUGGCACGGACAGAUGCAUGGACAGGUGGAGGAGGGACGGCGCGGCGGCCGGGGUCACCAUGAGAACGGACAGCGGCGGCCAGGGCUGCAGAAGGCUCCCUCUGAGGACUACAGGAGGGGUCGACCUGCUGACUCGGACUGGAAGCCAACGCUGCCCAGACAUUCUUCAGCUGAGGACGGAAGAACCCGCAGAGAAUCGGACAGUCCCUUCGUGGCUGACCCUGAAGCCUUCAGAGACACUCUCCGAGAACCUUUACCCCCGAAACAGACUGUCAUGCCUCCAAAAUGGCUGAUGACCUCUACCCCUGAACCGGGCAGCGAGGGUUCGCCCCGCAACAGCCACCCCACCUCUCAGUACUCCUCCCCUUCCGCCCAGUCGUCCAAACCGGUGCGGUCCAUCUCCUCAGCCGGCGUGACCACGCAGCCUUCACCUUCGGCAGCGUCCACCCCUCAGGGCGUCAAGCACCCUCCUUUGCCACCACCCAAGCCGGUGAACAGGCCCAACACGGCCAUGCUGGUCUCCGCCCUGCAGGGGGGAGAGAAUGCUCAUCUUCCUUUGUACUGGUCCUGCUGGAGGCGAGAGUGCGAGUACGAUGUCUACCUGUCCUUGCCCGUCUACCUGUGCCGGCGGGCUGGAGGCCUGCGCUCAGGGGACCUCAUCCAGGGCACCGGAGCCGUCGCAGCCAAGCCCUCCCCUCCCAUGCCACCAAAGAGGACGACCCCGGUCACCAAGCGGAACACGGAGGACUCUGCCGCCACGAGCCACGCCAUCCACCCGUCACCCCUCGCUCACGAAGACCACGGAAGCCACUCUGUCAGUUUCCAGCUGCCUCCCACGCCGCCCUCCCCCCCGCUCCCCACGCACAGACCACCCUCCCCGCCUCGCCAGCACAUACACAGCCACCACCUGCACCAUCAGCACUCGUACCCCCACCCGCUGCCCCAGCCCAUACCCAUGCUGUUCGACCCCCAAAGUCCGACCAACGAGUCCCCCCAGCGCCCCGCGCCGGUCCCGCUGCACAUAAUGAUCCAGAGAGCUCUGUCCAGUCCGGGUCCAGCGCAACCCAACCCAGACGGAUCACAGCGUGCACAUGCCUUGCUCUUCGAAUCCCAACCCGAAUACCAAGGGGAUCGAGGGCGCCCCCUGCCUGUCAGCAUCCAACCACUAAAACUAUCGGAAGAUGACUAUUCUGAAGAGGAGGAGGAGGAGGACGAUGAGGAAGAAGAGGAAUACGAUGGCGAGAUCCCGCAGCCGGAGCUGGAACCACGGAGUCGCCGGUGUUUGGUCGGAGACGUCGGUGUUUGUGUGCUGCCGGGUGAAAACAGCAGUGAGGAAGAGGAAGAUGAUGACGUGAACGGUGGCGAGGACACCGACUCCGAUGGUCCGGUGCUUUAUAAAGACGAAGACUCUGAAGAGGAUGAAGAGGACGAGCCUCCACUCAGUGCCCUGGCCAGCAGAGUGAAGAGGAAGGACACUCUGGCGCUGAAGCUCAGCAACCGUCCUUCCGCUGCUGACAGAGACAGGUUCAUCCAGGAGAGGAGCAGCAGGGACGACAAACCUCCAGGACAGGCCGGCCUCACUUGGCAGACCAGAGAGCAGUGGGAGGCCAUCCGCACACAGAUCGGCACCGCACUCACCAGACGUCUGAGCCAGAGACCGACCGCUGAGGAGCUGGAGCAAAGAAACAUCCUUCAACCCAAGAAUCAAGCUGACAGACAAGCCGAAGUCCGAGAGAUCAAACGGCGGCUGACCAGAAAGCUGAGUCAAAGACCGACGGUUGCCGAACUCCAGGCCAGAAAAAUCCUGCGGUUCCACGAGUACGUGGAAGUGACAGAUGCCCAGGACUACGAUCGCAGGGCGGACAAGCCCUGGACUAAACUGACCCCUGCAGAUAAGGCCGCCAUCCGGAAGGAGCUCAACGAUUAUAAGAGCACAGAGAUGGAGGUGCACGAAGACAGCAGAAUUUACACGAGGUUCCACCGUCCUUAGCACUCGCUCCAUUCCCGGAUUACGAAGCACUUAAGAUUCCUGCAUUAAGAAGCUGCUCUCCCAAGACGGGUCGUCUCCCCGUCUUCCCUCUCCAGAAUGUACUGUACAGUCGAGAGACCUGGACCUCGCUCAGAAGACUCCUUCUUUGCCCUCACACUACACAGCUACCACUGUGGCGGCGGCAGCCAAGGACCAGAUGCAGUAUUUCUCCCAGACAGCAGGGGGAACCACGUGCCAAUAAGUGAAGUUUUUUAGAGGGCCUCCAGUGACAGGGCUAACUUUCACUCUGCUACAAUGUGGUACCCCUCAGGGACUGGGCUCCAGUUGAAACCUUUAAUGUGGCCAUGCUGGGUUGCCUUCUUUCUUCUUUGCUGUCCAUGAAAAUGUAAACUCUUCUUGAAAAUGUGAAAACACAAUAACACUAGUACCGAUCAGAUAUACUUAACACACUGUAAUAAUAGUGUAUCGAGGACAAAGACUGGGACAUGAACUAGACUGGACAACUCUGGGAUGUUGUGUGUUUUAUAUGAAUUUGUACAGAUUGUGAUACUUAAGAAAGAAACCCAGAGUUCUAACUGCGAAUUAUCACGAGAUGCACAAGAUAUUUUAUCAUGUCAUUUUGAUCACAAGUUGUGAACGUUGUUGUUUGAGCCCUUUUUUGUUUGGCUUGCUUGUAUUUAUGGUUGUGACGUGAGGUGGCCAUUUAACUUGAAUUAGGAUCAACGUGCUUUUAAGGAGGCGGUUGGGAUUUUAUGUGCCAAUGUAUUCGAUGCCUAUAAGUCUGUAGGACUGAUAUCCAUAACAAGCACCUGCAUGAGCCAACACAGGUUACUGCACCGUUUGAUCCAAUAAAUAAUCACUAACUUCGCCGUUUAUACCUUUUUUUAAUGCGUUUUUGUACUUCCCUUUAAUCCAAACAUGCAAUGCAUUUUCUGUAGCCUCCUCAAAUAAGUCCUGCUAAUUGUGUCUACUAAUAUUCAAUGGUAAGUUAGAUCAGGGAUUUAUGAAAAGAAUAUAUGAGAAAAUGUAUAAACGGUUCACAGGGAGUCAUUUUGGCUGGAUCUUUUCCACUUCUUGAAUUGUCGUCAGGCCAGUAGCUAACAGGGUUCGAUAUGUACAGGUUGAUCAUAGUUUUAACUGAUGCUUCUGUAUAUCUGGUCUUCCUUUUAUUUGAAAAUAAAUUUAAGUAUUAAAGUAUUAUAGGUUGCUAUUUUUUUAAGCACAUAACGUUAGCUCCUGAUUAAACGCUACAAACGGGAAUAAGUUUGUUUUAAUUGAAUGUAGAACUAAUAGACUGAUGGCUUCUUAUCAUUAUGUACAUAGUGGUAUCCAGAUCUCAAUAAAAU